GCCCAAGUGAAGAUUUUAUAACGGAAGGCGGCUUGGAAGGUGUUGUUUGUGGUCAAGAAACGAUUAUGUCAACUAUUAGAAGUGUUAAGGGACUUGUUGCCUUGGUCACUGGAGGAGCUUCAGGAUUAGGUCAGGCAACUGUCCAGAGAUUGGUCAACCAUGGAGCUCGGGUCGUUAUUUGUGAUCUUCCUACUUCCAAAGGUCAGGAAAUAGCCAAGACCUUGGGUGAUAGCUGUGCAUUUGCUCCAACUGACGUUACUUCUGAAGAGGAUGUUGGAAAGGCUUUGGACUUGGUCAAAGACAAAUUUAGUAAAUUAGAUGUUGCUGUCAACUGUGCUGGAAUUGGAGUUGCUUUCAAAAUAUACAAUUUCAAGAAAGAUAUGCCUCAUUCUCUUGAAGAUUUUAAGAAAGUGUUAUUGGUCAAUAGUAUUGGUACAUUCAACGUAAAUCGUCUAGCAGCUGGAUUGAUUGGAAAGAAUGAACCAGAUUCUGAUGGUCAGCGUGGAGUUCUGGUCAAUACUGCCAGUAUAGCAGCAUUUGAGGGUCAGAUGGGGCAAGUGGCUUAUUCGGCAAGCAAAGGGGCCAUAGUAGGCAUGACUCUUCCAAUUGCUCGUGAUCUUGCUUCCCAAGGGAUACGAUGCUGUACUAUUGCACCAGGUUUAUUUGAUACGCCACUACUUGCUGGUCUACCUGAGAAGAUUCGAACAUUCUUAGCAAAAACAGUGCCUUUUCCAGGUCGUCUUGGUAAUACAGAAGAAUUUGCUCAUCUUGUUCAGUUCAUUGUGGAAAAUCCAGUGAUGAAUGGAGAGGUAAUAAGAUUAGAUGGAGCUCUUAGAAUGCAGCCAUGAAAUUAAGUCGUUACGAAAAGUACAACUUAUAUUUUUCUAGUAAAGUAUGUUAAACACCAGUUAUUUCAGCACUAUUUUUAAAAUUGUUUCUUCUGAGUCUUAAAAACAAACAAAAAGUUUAAGAUGGUCCAAAUAAUUUCAAGUAUACAUAUAUAUAUGGGAACAAAAAAUACCAUACAGUAGACUAGUGUUCCCAGAGAUUAUCAUUCCUCAGGAAAACAUGAAGAAAUCUUUGUUGCAAGUACAAGUUAAUUCAAGUUUUAAAUUCAGAAAUGUAAUAAAAAUAUAUUGUCUGAAA